GAUUACCGUUAAAACUUUAUCUUCUUCCCUUCUACUAUGUAGCUGUAGUUGUACACUGUAAAUUCAUGUCUGAAUGAGAGAGAACAUGCAUCACUUUUCUAAAUUGUCCAUAUUACACAACAUGUAUCAAAGCAAUAAAACUUCAGUAUUUUCAAAAGCUGUCCCAAUGUAGAAGUCUGUGAUGACUAAAACCUUGGAACCUUCCUCUAAUCCCAAUAUCAUUAUUGUCCAUGAAGACAGCAACCCCAAUCUGAAUACUUCCCCUAUGCUCUUAAAUGGAACGAAUUAUGUGAUCUGGUCCAAAGCAGCAAGCAUGCAUCUCUACAGCAGAUCCAAGAUGGGUUUUGUUGCUGGAAAGAAGCCAGCUCCAGCACCUGAUAACCCUGCAUCUGGAGACAAUCUUGUCAGAUCAUUGUUGAUCAACUCUGUGGAACCGUGACUAGUCGAAGAUAUUUGAGGAAAAAAAUUUCUGUACAUAGACCAAGAACUUGAUGCUUUCAAGAGCCCAGCAGAUUUACAAAUUUCUUAUCACCUCUGAUAAACUAAGCACAUUUAGGAUCCUGUUGCAGUGAGUCUGUAACUAUGAUGAUUGAUAUUGGGAUACAUACAUAAAUUUUUGCCCCUUACUUAUACUUGAAUUUCAAGUUCAUCCAAAAUGGAUCCAUUUGUUAGGGACAAAAAAUUGUCCCUAAAUUUGUUUCAAAUCAAUUCAAAAUUAGACAAUGUUUCCCCUCCAUCCAGGAACUCUCAAGUGUUUUCUACUUGUAUUUUGGUCUUGGAAUUGGUCAAUAUUACCUAAUUUCUAACAGGUUUGGAUCAGAAUUGAGAGAAGUAACUGGUUGUGAUGAAAAUAAGAAUAAUUAGGUAAUAUCUUAGGGGGGAAAAUGAGGUUUCAUGCGAAAAACAAACAUAAAUAUCACUUCUCCAAGGGAGUGGUUGAAGGAAAAGUUGCCAAUCUACCUUUGAGGAAGAGGGGCUGCAGCUGAUCUUUAGGAAAGCUAGUUUGAAGACAAGAAACAACUAAUUGGAGGUCUAUAAAACUAGAUAUUGAUAUUUGAAAACAGAGGAAUUCUUUAUACAUAGAUGGACCAUAAUUCAUUGUCAACAACACCAAAAUCAUUCGAAAAACUUUCAUGUCAAAUGCUCUUGCAACUUGAUUGCAACCGGUUUCUAAAGAUGAAAAGAAAACCUCAAGGAACAAGUAGCUUUUAUUAUGGGUUCAUUUUUAGGAUUGAAAAUGAAGGCAUCCUCCACCAUAUUAAUGCCUUUUACCUUAUGGAGGAUAUGUACAAAAACAUGAGUAAACAAAGCAAAUAAAUAUGGAUACUGAAGUGGGAUAUGAAAUCAGAUAAAACAAGCAAAAGAGGAGCUGGUUCUGACAGAAAACACCAAAACCCAUUCAAUUCAGAGAAUCCAAAACCAGAAACCAAUAAAGGAAAAGAAUCACAAUCUCCUUAAAUGGCCUUAAUUGCAACAAGAUUCUGGAAAAGAUAACUCCUUUUUCAAAAUGAAUUGCUGCACUCUCUCACCAAGUAUAAAAUAGGCAGCACCUCUCCUAUCUUUUCCAUGCAAAACUGUACAUGCGCUUUGCAUAUAGAAGUACUACUCAAAUGGCUAAGCAGCUAUCAGGAAGAAUGAGGUGUGGGUUCUCCCUUGUGACUGAAGAGAUAAUGCAAAACAUACUCUCAAGGUUACCGGCUUUGGCCUUUGCAUAUGCUGCCUGUGUUAACAAACGCUGGUACAAAAUAUGCAGUCAAAUACUCAAAAGGCCUAAGCUUGCUUCUGCUCUCUCCCUCAACCCUUCUCUCCAUGAUGCUGUGGAAGAGGUUAUUGAACAGGUUCUCUCUGAGCCUAUUCGUCCACACUUUGCUAUUGCUUGCAUCAGCAAGGAGUUUAACUUGGAACUGACUCAUGGACUGAUAAUUAAAAAACUAGGUUCAAGCAUCCCAAUCAUUACUAAUAUUGCCAGUGGAAUCAUUGGUGUUGAUGGCAUUGCUGAUGAACUGUAUGAGGAAAAAUGGGAAACAACAACUGCUGGUCCUAAUUCGCAAGAUUCGGAUAGAGUUGACCGAGGAUUAGUUUUGCUUGUUGGAUUUUUACCUGGGCUCAAAAUUGGCACCAUUCCACUGUUACGACCGAUGCAGGAAUCCAAUACCUUGGUUGACAAAUUUGUGAUGGAUAUUUUACAUUACACAUCUGCUGUAUCAGAUUGUCCAGCCCCUACUGGGAUCAUAAUAUUUGGAGAUAAAACCACUGACAUGAAACCUAUUGUUUCAAAGAUGGAUUGUGCCAUGCCAGAAGAAACAGUCAUUGUAGGCGAUGCAAGUGCCAACUUUAUUUUCAGAAAUGGGGAUAAUUCUCUAAACCAUCUUGCUCAUACUUGCUACUUUCAAGCUGUUGCUCUUGUAUUUGCAAGGGACAGAUACAAGCCUGAAGGUAUAGGAGAAAUUCAAUUCCACGUGACAAUGUCAAAAGGUGUAAUGCCAUUUGGUCCCACACUAGAGGCAGCUUCUGUUCUACAGAAAGAUUCAGAGUGUUCAUGGAUCAGUGCAAAACUGAAAGGACAGAAUGGCAUUGUGGCUGCCGGGGAGAUUUUAAAUGAUCUCAAACAACAGUUCAGGGACGCAAAUAAGUCUGCUGAUAUCUACAUUGGUGUCACAAAAGAAACUAUAAGCACCAAUGAUUCCGGAAUUUGGACACCAGGAAGAUGUUUGGAUUUCUACGAAGUAAGAGGAGGAGGUGGCCGUUACUUUAAUGUCAAUGGUGUUGGCAUCCAGCCUGGUGAUUCCUUCCUAUUCUACCAGUCAGAUUCUGAAACUGCUUCAUCAACAUGUGAUCACGCCUUUAACAAACUUUUAGCCCUGAAGGCAGAACUGAAAAGCAAAAAUUAUCUUCAUUUGAGCAAGUUCGCUGACAAGGAUGACAAGAAAGAAGUUCUCGGUGGUCUCAUUUUCUCUUGCUAUCGUCGUGGCGAGUCAUUCUUCGGGGACCCUUUUGUUGAUAGCUAUCCAUUUUGCGACAGCUUUCCUACGGCUCCAGUAGCAGGAUUAUUCUGCAGAGGAGAAAUUGGAAGGGGCCCCGAAAGCUUGAUGAAUGAAGAAUACGAAGAUGUAAACUCCCCUAGGUGCUGUCUCCAUGUUUACAGCACAAUAUAUUUGGUUAUGUCAUAUCUUCCACCAUCCGUAGAGAAUUAAUCUCUAUUAGGAGUUAAGCAUGAGUAAAUCCUGUAACAGCGAAAAGAAUGGCAAUUUCCUGCAUCUCUUGUUAUGUUUACCAUUUUCCGGAAAUGAAUCGCUGGCUCUCUCUUCUAUGAAGUGUUUCCAGAGUUUGGACUAGCAGGAUACUUUGCUGCAUUAGAGGAGUUGGACAGGUAUGUAGUUGUCAGUCUAAUUACAGUUGAAGCUCUUUAGUUUGUCAUUUAUGUUUCGUCAACCUUAAAAAAGCAGUAGAUGCUUGAUGUUUGUAUGCAUAAUAAUGUAUGGAACUGUAUUGGAGAGGAUCACUCCUUUUCUAUAUGAUCUCCUUUGCCUAAAA